UUAUGAAACACAGUCGAUACUGGUAUCUUGAAAGAGAAGUUGGUAUCGACAACAAGUGUCAGUCGGGAAUUCCCGCAUUCAUAAGUUGUAGGAGACAAAAACCAAGGGUCCUUAGCAGAGGGAUAGUUUAGUUUGAGUUUGAGAAUUGUAACAACGGUGCUUGUACUUCGUAGAGAAGGAAAUCUUGAUGAUUGCGUUCGCGAGUUACACCAAUUUUUUUAGAAACAAGUUUUGACCACACCGGUGCUGACUGGAGAAAAGUCCUUCAUGGUCUAAAUUCUAAAGCAUUGUCAGUAUGGAGCCAUCAGUUCAACGCAGUCUGUCACAGCGGAGAGACUCUGGGGUCUCCCUGAACAAACUUGUUAUUCCACCUUUGGAUACAUCCCAGGAAGUUAUUGUUGUUCCUUCUGGAAUUCCGAGGGAUAAGCAUGAAGAAGUUGUGGAAGAAGGUAGAGAGCUGUUCACAAACUUUGUAUCGAGUGAAAUUCAGAGGGUUCCUAAUUUCUCCUACGAAGAUAUUCCGUUGCGGACUCCACCAGGAUACAAAGAUCCUUUGUGGGCUAAAACAGGCAGAGACUUGCGACUUAUGGCAGAUGACUUUUCAAAAACUCGUGGGAGAGCGCAAGUGCAGAGAAGAGCUGAGCAGGUGGGAACAGAUGUCACCUUUGAACAGUUCCAUGACUUGUUGUCUCAGAUCUUCUGUGAAGGGGGAAUAACCAGAGAAAGGAUUGUUGUGCUUUUUUUUUUCUGCUCGGAUGUGGCUAUACAAGCUCUCCGUGCUGGCAAAAACUUGUUCAUGACUUUUCUCAACUGGUCCCUCACUUUUAUUUCUGAGAAGAUCUGCACCUGGGUGUACCAGCAUGGUGGAUGGGGUCAAGUUGUGGCAAAGCCAUUUAAUUCCGUCAACAAAUUCUUCCUGUGGGCAGCAGUGGUUGGCUGUUUAUUCCUUCUAUUCCGUUACUACAGGAAGAAACUUCUUUGACUUUGAAGAGAGGCAGCAAUGGUCAUGGUCUAGGAGGAGGAUUGAGAUAACCCUCGGAAAACAGAACUGGCUAUGUCGUGUCAUAAUAUAGAGUUUCCUGGGGAAAUCAGGGGUGAAAAUGAAACAAUAUUUUUGUACAAAAAUAUAGCUUUAGAAUAUGGAUUAGUAAUACAUUGCCAGAAAUAUCAUAACAGGAAGGAAUCGAAAGGUACAUGAUUUGAUAGUGGAAAAAGAAUUACAAAUUAGUAUCAUCAAUAUUUUUAGUAGUAGUGGUACUGAUUUUGUUUUUUGAGAGGCUAUAUGCUCAUUUCCGGGAAAAUGUCACGCUUGCCUUGAAGGAUAUUCACCCUUACAGUUAGCUUUUGGUUAUCAAAAGUGAUCAAGGGUUAAAGUUUAUGAAAGUUGAUAACUGAAUGCCUUUAAUGAAAUAUUGAAGACCUUUACUGCUGUCUCAUUUGAUCAUGUUGAAAAUACAUGUACUAUUAUAACCAAUGCAUUCUGACGAAAAAGUAUUUGAUCUCAUUAGCAAAAUGGCAGAAAUCAUUGAUUGAUUUAACAUACAAUAUCAACUAAUUAAAACAGAUCACUAUUUUUCUUCUUAAAAAAAAAACCCCCAACUUUUUAAGGCGGCCAGGACUUAUAGAUUUACUUGCUGGCAGAAGAAAGUUUUCAAAAUGAUAUCAAUUUUGCAGUGGGCUAUACAGCAUUAGUGUAAUUGUUUGUUAUUUUAUUCAAUUCUAGAAUAUUAAUACUAAUAGAUACAUUGUUAAAAACUAGUACUGGGUAAUGUGUGAACCUGGUUGAUGUAUUCAAUCGAUCAAAGCACACUACGUUGUUUGGACCGGAGGAAGUUAAAACUUUGUUCUUUGAAGAGGGUUUUAUUUGGAGCCAAUAUGAUACGAGUCGAGAUUAUUUACCACAGGAGUGACUUUCUGUUUUUGUUUUAGUAAGAGUUUUACGGCACUUGCAACACAAUAGGCCGUAUAAGUGCCGAAGAUUAGAGGUGUUACAAGAGAGUAACAAACACAAAAAAGAAGGAGGGGAGAUAGGAUGAUAGAUGUUGGGUAGGAAAGAAGGAGCUAACUGCACCAGAGCACCCACCAACCUCCCAUUUUGUUUCUGUUUGUGAAUUGAGAUUAUUUAGUGGCAUGAGAUAACAUAGUUAACAAUAAUGGUUUUUAUUUUUCCGAGGCCAGAUUGUAAACAGCGAAAAAUAUUAUAGUACAACAGGUUUUUGGGGAUUUUUUGCUUUGCGGAAAACAUAUUUUCAGGUGUCAGUCUUACAUUGAUGUCCUCUCAGAUAUGAAAAGACAAGAAGCACAUGUUUCAUGUAUAUGGGCGUUCCCAGUCUUUUCAAAAGACAUAUCUUAGUUUCAUACAGUGGGCCCCACUUUUUACAGUUUUAACAGGAUUUCAGCUGUAGUGGGCUUAUAUUAAAUAUCCUCGAGUCCUGUCUCUUAUAGUGUACUGUAAAAAAGUUCUUUUAUAACAGGCAUUCGGGCUGACAUGUUAGACUAUAACAGUGGUCCAACCAUCGACACAAUCCUAAAACAAACGGACAAGAAAGCUGAAAAACGAAAUAAAUGAA